CUCACUUACUCACUCACGUGUCAGCGUGAUCCAGAAAAGCCAGAAGACGCUCGCUCACUGGGAUCAGCUUUGAGCAUCCCAGCACUGCCUUGUUCUUCCAUUCUUGGGGGGUUCCCACUUCUGAUUACGGCCUCGUCGAGGAGGAAACGAAAGAGAGAGAGACUUAGAGGAAGGUCGAACUGUUGGUUUUGCUUGGUUUUGAGGCCAUUCAACAUUAUGACUCGGGGCAACCAACGAGAACAAGAUCGGUUACGAGCUCGGAAGAAAGUGGUUGGACAGAAUAAAACGAAACAAAGUGGAUCGAAUUUGACGAAGAAGAAAGAAGCGGAUGCAGAGAUUAUGCGACAGAAACAAGCUAAAGCACAGACGAAAACUGCUUCGGGAUCAGGUAGUGGUGGUGGGGAUGAGAAGAAAUGAUGUGCAAUGUUAUAUUUAGUGUUGAUAGGUAGACAUGAAAUGAAGGUGGU